AGCUUUUUGUCAUACUGUGACUCUGCGAUUCCAACCUGAGGCAAUGUCUGCAGUGAGAGAUCCAGCCAUUAAGCUCUUCGGGAGGAAUAUUCUGGUGCCGGAACGCCAGAUUCCGGAUAUGUCCGUACAUAAUUCCAACGAAGAAUGUUGGGUUGCAGAUAUGCCCAAAGCUGCCAUGAGUGAGUGUAGAGAAAUGGAGGACCCUUCUGUGAAAGUAUCCUGCAAGCAAGAUCAAUUUUUUGAACUAGAUAAAGGCAGUGAAAACAAUCACCAUGGUCAAAUAUUGGAGAAUGAGGGUGAAGUUGAUUGUAAUCCAGAAGAAGAUUGCAUUGCAAGUGAUACUGAUGAAGGCAAAGAAAAGUCUUUCACAAAGCCAGAGAAGGUUCUUCCUUGCCCUCGCUGCAACAGCUUAAAAACAAAGUUUUGCUAUUUUAAUAAUUAUAGUGUAUACCAACCGAGGCACUUUUGCAAGAGCUGCCGAAGAUAUUGGACAGCGGGGGGAACAAUAAGAAAUCUUCCUUUAGGGACUAGGCGGCACAGGAAUAAGCAUUCAUCUUCACAGUAUCAAGUUGUGGGCGAACCGAGUGCAGUACCAGUCACCCAAGGAGACACCCUUAACUUUGUUGGCCAACAGCAUCUAUUGCCUGUUCAACUUCCUGCCUCUCCAAAACCUGUCAAUGGGAUGAGGGAAGUCUUAAAUUCUGGCACAGAUACAGUUUUAGUUGAAUCUAUAGCGACUGCGCUUAAUCAUAAAGACCAGAAGAGAAGUUCUAAAGAUGGCUCUGCAGCCGCUGGAGAUAAUAGUGAGGAGCCCUCAUCAUCCAGCUCUUCCUUGACAGCCACUACUUCACAGCAAAAUGCAUGCCUGGGAAAAGAAAUGGAGCAGGUUGAUCUGCCAAGAUAUAGAAACGAUUAUAAUCUUACAUAUACUGAGCAAUAUUUUCCUGUUCCACAAUGGACUGAGAACCCAAGUUGGGGCAUGAUGAUGUUUGGACCUCAUAGCAAUAAUCCUAAUCCUUCCCAUAUGGGUUCUCUGCCUAUGGUUACAGUUCCAGGUUUUUGUAUUCCCAGUUUCAUUUUCCCAAUUGCACCUUCCUCAUACCAGGGUUACAUGCCAAGCUUGGAUGCUAGAAAAUGGAACGCUCAAUUGGUUGGAUCUGAUGGCAGCUUGUCACCUUCAUCUUCCAAUGGCAACAGCAGAUGUUCAGGCAAUAGCUUGCCAAGAUCGGGAAAAUAUUCUAGAGAUGCAAAUGUACAGGCAGGAAUAAAAACAAAACAGUGCCUUUGGGUACCCAAGACAUUGAGAAUUGAUGACCCAGAUGAGGCUGCAAAGAGUUCUAUAUGGUCUACCUUGUGUAUCAAACCUGAUAAGAAUGCACCUAUACUUAGAGGUGGUAUUUUUAAAGCUUUCCAAAAGAAAUCAGACACUAAAUCCCAAACACUAAAUGCUGAUCGAGUUUUACAAGCAAACCCAGCAGCUCACUCUCACUCCCAAUUGUUCCAGGUGACCAACUGAUUGAGUUUGAUAUACAGAGUUAUGUUUGCGGUUUGUCUACCGAUAUCCCAGUCUUUGUUCAGUAAAAUCAGGAGUGAAUGCUUAUCAUGUCUACAUUCUAAGCUUAAUUUGGUUGUGGAGGAAGAAGGCAGAAGCUAGUUGAGACAAUUUUCAGGCAUUUCUUUAGCUUUUCUCUUGAACAAAGUGAGUAGCCAGCCAUCAAGAUUGUUGUAUAAGGUUUGGUCCUAUAACAGGUGGCAAAUUGAAUUCUUAACAACCAAGUCAUACAUAACAUGGUAUAUGUAUCUCAAUUUAAUCCAAGACCAUGGUGACAAAUAAAAGGGAACGAUUCCUUGGAGGAGAGUUUAAUAUUCGGAAGGUAGAAAUGCGACUCUGCGACUGAAGGUACAGUUUUCUUAAUCCGCAGUCCACAGCCGUUGAGAUCAGGAUACUAACUCUUAAUUGUUUUUUCCUUCAUAAAUUUUGAAGGAUUGAUCUCUCAACGUGUGAAACUUUUUGUAUUUGAUGUAUUUUUCCAAGCCCUCUAACAUUUAUCAAGUAUUCAUAUUGCAAUGUGAACAUCCAUAGCCCCCCUUAG